AUGUCACGGUACUCUGAAGUUUUUAAUGAAUCGAACAAUUCAGUGUUUCUGUUCAUUUUAUCCCAAAGAAUUGCUGGCUGCCUAGUUGCUGAACCAAUAGAGAAGGCAUUCAAAGUUCUCUCAAUUUCAACGGAGGAAAGCACUGAUGCAACUGACACAAAAGAAGAAACAGCUAGACCAACAACUCUUCAAUUUGGGGAUUUUGAGAAAAGCUUCUGCUUGGGAUUUGUCCUUGGGCGCUCUCAAUUGGCAUUUUCUCAACCCACUUUGGCUGGAAAAGCAUUGGGAUCAAAUUACAUUGGCGUUGGAUCUUUCUUGGUUUACAAGUUCAACAAUUUAAGCUCAACUCACUCGUAA